ACGUAAUUUAACACACAGAGAGAGAGAGAGAGAGAGAGAGAGAGAGGGAGAGAGAUUUCAAUCGUCGAAAUCCCAAUGACCAAAAUCUGAACAGUGGGGUUCGAACAAUGUAGCCCUAGUUUCGCUUCCAAUUUUCAUCGUCCAAAUCCGAAUCUGGAAAAUGCCUAAGCCUCGUACAAGUUUCAUCCUUCUCCUAUGUCAUAUGUUCAUCCUUCAGCUGGCAUUCACAAUAUCAGGAAUCAGGAAGGAUGUGGGCCUUAAAGACAAACACAUUUGUAAAACAACAGUUCAAGGAAGAUACUUGCUAUCUGAUGAUUGGGGUCAUGUAUGUGAUGCACUAUCUGUGGAUCCUGUGUCUCGCUGCUGCUCUGGAAAAGGAGCGCAAUUCGAUUGUCAUGGAUGCAACCUUGAUUCGCAGUGCUGCAACUCGUAUGAAUUUUGUGUUUCAUGCUGCCAAGACCCUGCACAUACACACAAGGAACUAGCACUGAGUGUGAAGAUAGCUAAGCCAUCAACUGCAGGGACCUAUUCAAGUGUUUUUGAUUUUUGUGCUGGGAGGUGUCGCCAUAAUUCUGAGAGUGUGGUUCAUGAAAAUGCUUACCUUAGCGAUUUCCAUCACUGCUUUUCUAUUCCAUCAAAUUCUUCAGGGACAACUGGUGAUCAUGUAGAGGCUAGACUUGCCGGCAUUAAUGUUAUCGUUGGAAGGCAAGGGGAGUCAUGCGAUUCUGUUUGCAAGUUAAAUGGGCAGUCAUGCGUUCCAAACAAACUUUUAGCUCUUAACCAAUGUGAAAUUAUACAGAAAUAUAUGCGCUGCAAAGGAACAUGUUUGGCAAGCAUUGGAGCAGACCAGCCUGCUGAAGUUGUGGAUGAUGCCCCUAGACAUCUGAAUCCAGGAGCAUGCUUGUAUACACGAACACCCUCAAUGCUUGCGUGUGAUGGAUUGCAUCAACAUACAAAGAGGCUUUGUCCCUGUGCAUAGUUCCUUAGUUUGCUCUACUGCUUGCACCACCGGAAAUAGGCUGCUAAGCAUGAGUAUGAGGUUCAAGCUUGAGACAACACAUAAUUGGAUUUAAUCACUGUAGAAGAGGAAUGUAGCAUAGAAGAAAAUAUUGACAGCUUGUAGAACUCUCAUUUUGAAUGCAAAAAAGGAUGAGUAAAAUUAUUUUGAGCUGCAGUUGGAGAAUAAGCCUCUGGGUCUGAGGGAUACGUGCUAGAAGCUGUUUUGACUUAUUUUUGCGGAGAAUACUGUGUACAUCUUGGAUAUUGGUCGAUUUAGUUUCGUAUGUCUUGCAAUGUUGGUAAAAGCAUGCUUGAAAUGAUUCAAGAGAAGAGAUUUUACUAGUUAGACACAUUUGAAAAGGUGUGUUGUGUAUUUUUUUGGUCUUGCAGAAAUUUGUAUUCUUUUUGGCGCUUUUUAUAUAAUUUGCGUAAAUAUAUGAGGAGGACCUAUUCCGUAUUGGAAGAAAAAUCUUAAAAAACGGGAGUUGGCAAGGCAAGUAUAGGGGCUAAAUGUUGUUCAAUAAGUGAUUCCCUUUGGGUAUUUUGCUCAUCUUUUCUUUGUUUACCAUUUUUUCUACCUAGGUUUUUAGCUAAUUUGUCCUUGGGAGUUUCUAAUUGAGCAAAAAAGUAACUUUUUUUGUUCUUUCAACCCUAAGCAUUGUGUAGCCGCCCCUUUUGUGUUUAAAAACAUAGUACUGUAGUAGUUUAGACUUAUCUCAAGGUGAUACUUGUUCAAUUUGUCAAGGUCGGUAGUAUCAGUGAAUUCAAGAGAAGAAAAUUGUUGGGGUUGUUUGGUAAAUAUUUUGAGGGAGAUUUUGGGGGUAAUAAAAGUGGAAAAAGAUAGACAGAGAGAUAACAGUAGUAAAUGGAAUGCUUAUUGGAAAUCGUACAGAGAGGACGCAUGAUUAAUUGGUAUUCACAUAGCCUAAAUGCCCUAAGAGGUUUUCCCUAAAAAGAGAAUACCAUCUAUUUCAUCAAAGUAUAAAAAUGUGGAUCAAUGUUGAAAGACUAAAAAGUUUGGAAAAGAUGACACUUUAGACCAAAAAAAAGUUAUUGAGACAGAUGAUUAAUUAAAAAAAAUUAAAACGAAUUUAAUAAAAUUUUUAAAAAGAAGAAUAAUCCAUACAAAUUGAAAAUAAAAAUG